AUGGCAGAGGGUGACUUUGCGGUCGCAAUCGUCUCGGAGCCAUAUGCCAUACCGAGGGAUCAUCCUCUGUGGUACGCCAAUGAGGAAAAAACAAUUACGAUUACGUGGAGAAGGUCAGAGAACUCUCUCCCAUGCGUACCAAUUGAAAGAGGACGACAUCACGUAAUAGUCAAGUGGGGCGACAUGAUAAUAAUCGGAGUUUACCUAUCUCCUAACAUCGAAACUUCAGAAGUAGAAAGAGCAAUGGAAGAAGUAGAAAGAUGUGUUCUAUUUCAUCAUAAUAAACCCAUUAUUAUGGGAGGAGACUUCAACGCUAAGACUGAAAUGUGGGAAUCCCCAGUGACAAAUCCAAGAGGGAUAUUCCUUACAAACUGGGUAAGUAAUAUGGGGCUGAUAUGCCUCAAUUCUGGUGAACGAAGUACAUGUGUCCGCAGUACCGGUGAGUCUAUCGUAGACAUCACAUUUGCAAAUCGCCCAGCCGCGGCUAGAGUAAUAAAUUGGGAAGUAUCUAUGAUGGAAAGCGCCUCGGACCACAGAUACAUAGAGAUCAUUAUUGGCAAAACGAGUUCACAGACCAGAAAGGAACUGAUACCCAGACCUAAGAGAUGGUCUUUGAAGAAACUAGACGAAGACUUACUCAGAGCUGCAAUAUUAGCCGGAUCGUGGGGCAAGGGUGAUAUCGCACAACAACAGGAUGUGGAAAUGAAGGCGAUCAAAUUACAAAGAAUCGUCACGGAGGCAUGCGACACUGCCAUGCCCAGAUCAACACCAAGGUCACGUAGAGCCAUGCCAUGUUGGAGCGAAGAUCUCGCGUUAUUACGAGACGCCUCCACAAGAGCUAGGAGGAAAAUGAAAAGGGCUCGCAGACAUGAAAACCCGGAAGACCUGGCUGAAGCGGAACAGAGAAUCAAUGAGUAUAAGGAAACUAAAAAAAAUUUUAGUAGAGCUCUAAGAAAAGCCAAAUUCAGUUCAAUCAGAAAAAGUUCUGUCACAUGUGCGUAA